AUUAUUUUGAUUGACGUUUCGGCUAUGUUUUAUUUUUGUAUCAAAGUUAAUUAUGUCUAUUAAAUAAGUUAUUUCUAUUAUUUAAGAGUGACUACAGUUUAUUUUAAGUUGAAGUCUUCCAAGUUAAUAUUUAAAAAUGAUGAUAUCACGUUCAAAACAUCGAUCCUCGGUGGAAGUGUGCUCAGAUUGCGGGGCAUCGGAUCCGUCAUGGGCAUCUAUUAAUCGCGGGUUACUGCUAUGUGCCGAGUGCUGUAGUAUUCACAGGAGCAUGGGAAGGCAUAUUUCUCAUGUUAAAUCACUACGACAAGGAUCCUGGCCGCCUUCACUUUUAUCUAUGGUGCAAGCUCUAACGGCUCAAAAUGUGAAUAGUAUAUGGGAACAUUCUUUGCUCGACAGUUCGGCUCCAAAACACUUAAGAAAAAAACCUCAACCUAAAGACCCUCUACACCCAAUAAAGUCUGAGUUCAUACUGGCUAAGCACCUAAGAUUGGCAUAUGUUCUAAAAGCGAGAAGGGAUGAGCCACCCAGUGAACUAGGAAGACAAUUGCAUAGUGCUGUGAGAAGCUCCUCCCUGGACACUGCUAUGAGACUUCUUGUUCAAGGAGCUGACCCUAAUUUUUACUAUCCGGAAAAAGGUAGUAUGUGCCUGCAUGUAGCGUGCCGCGCGGGCCAGCCGGCGCAGGCCGAGCUGCUGGUGGCGUGGGGCGCCGACCCCACCGCCCGGGACGUCUCCGGGAACACGCCCGCCGAUUGUGCUAAACACUGCGGCCACGCGGAGCUGGCGGAGCGCAUGACGGAGCUGGUGUACGAGGCCACGGACCGCAUCAUCCAGUUCCUGACGGGCGCGCGGCCCGAGCACGCGGCCGGCCGCCACUUCACCGUGCCGCGCGCCAGCGACGCGCACCAGAUGACCGACCUGGCCAAGGCGGCGCGCGGCAAGCUGCAGCUCCUGCCGAACCAUCAAUUCGAAGAGCUCGUCAUGGACGCUUACGAUGAGAUAGACCGGCGCGAGACUGAAGCAAUCUGGCAGACGAGCGCGACGGGUCUGGAGCGGAGCGGCGUGGCGUUCCUGCCGGUGAACCCCGCGCUGACGGCGCCGCGCAACCAGGGCCGGCAGAAGCUGGCGCGCCUGUCGCCCGCCGAGCUGGCGGCGCUGCUGCGCGACGUGCUGCUGGACGCCGCGCGCCGCCAGCGCCUCGCCACGCUGCAGCCCAGAGCGCUUCCUUUGGAUCCACUGAGCACACAAAUUAAGCACUUCUCGCAAAUUUCGGACGAUGAACCUUUGUAUGACUCAGUAGCGUCAGACGAAGAUUAUGCUGCGCUUGCGCCUAUGGAUGAAAAUGUAAUCGUAUAAUAUUAUUUACAGAUGAUCAACCAAGAUUCAAGAAAUAGGGAUGUCCACAAUCCUCCGAUUGUAACUGAACCUGCAAACUUAGAGAUUUCUCGCACGCAUUCGCCCAGCCCCGCGCACAGUCUUCCCGAACGAAAAUCAGAACUCGAAACGCUGAAGAAAGAACUAGACAAUCGAGAUUCCACCAUCACAGAACUCAAGAAUCAGUUGAAAAAUUUACAAACUAUAGUUGAACAGCUGACGAAAGAAAACAGUGCCCUGAAGACGACCAGCAGUGUUGAUGACGACCACAGUAUGACCUCUCAAGCUUCGAUGAAUGAGGGUAAUCUCACUCCCGACAUAUCUCCCCAGGAGAGAGGCAGGAGUCUGGAGACAGAACAGCUUACGUUGUCUGAGGAUGUGGAUGUCAGACAAUCGCUGAAGACCGUUCAGCGACCGGUCAGUAUGUUUGAGGCUAGGGAGGGACCAAAGAAUAACUGGCAGGUUACUAAACACCAGCUCACUAGUAUACCGGGGCUGGAACGCUCGCUCACACAGAGCGUCAUCGAGAGCUCGUGUUCAGGUGCCGGGGCGAGUUCGGGCGCGGGGUCGGGGUCGGACCCGGGGCCGGGGGCGGGGGCGGGGGGCGGAGUGUCGGGGGAGGAGGUGGAGAGGCGCGCGGAGGCCGUCACUCGCUGUAUACAGGAGGUGUGGGCGGCGGCGCGCCAGCACCGGUCGCGCCUGCCCGAGUACGCGGACCCCAUCAGGACGACUGUCGCGUCGGUCCUGGCGCUGUUCCCGCAGCCGUGCGCCGAGCGCUCGCUGCAGCAGCUGGCGGAGGCGCUGGGCGCGGCGGGCGAGCAGGCGGCGCGCGCGUGCGCGGCCCGCGCGCCGCUGGACCAGGUGCGCGCCGCCGCCUACGACCUGGCCAAGGCCACCAAGCAGCUGGUCACGCGCUUCCAGCCCUCCUAG